AUGGGAGUUUGCAAGGUUGAUACCGAACCACACUUCACUAGAUUCACAUCAGUUGACCUGAAUCGAGUUAUUGAGAUUGUUGACGACUAUGAGUUCUGGCAUACCAAGAACUUGGAGACUGCCUUGGAAACAGUACUUCAUCAGGAGAUACACAUGGAUGAGACUUCCCCACUGAUGCGAAUUACAUGUUUCUGGCAUCAAGAGCGAACACACCAAUUCUUCUUGGUGAUAAACUUCAAUCAUGUGGUCUCGGAUGGGCUUGGAACAAAGGCUGUUGUGGAGGACUUGUUAACAAUGUCCAACUCAUUGACUGAGGUUGAGGAUCUUGGUCAAUUGGAUAACAUUAUAUCAUUGGUUGAUGAGGGCACAUUCAAGAUGACCGGUACACUUGACAACCAUAAUCCAUCAAAGAUGACCAUCAUGGAAAAGUUGCCUGUCAUAGUCCACCACCACUACCUUCCAUCGAUCAUCAAGAGACAACUGAAUACCUUCUGGGCCGGAUCACAACGUCAAGAAUGGGACAGAUGUAACAGUCGUAUCAGAUUAUUGACCGUACCAAUGGACUCAUUCAUGUCAUUCGUGGAUAAUUGUUGGAAGAACAAGGUUACUCCCCACUCUGGAAUCUACACCAUCAUCUUGAAAUGUCUCUCAGAAGUGUUUGGUAAUGAACGUGCACUCUCCUUGCGUUCAUCGACCAUUGUCAACUUACGCAAACCUUGCAAGUUGGCUGACUCUGACCCUGGUCUAUACUUGUCAACGAUAAACAGGGACACUGUUGUCCCACCCAAGGCAUUAGAGGAACCCAGGAACUUCUGGGAUGAGACGUCCAAGUACAAGAACCACCUGAGGAAUAUGUUCACCAACUCCGUCAGAUACUCAAACAUGAUGGAGUACAUCACCAACGACUUCCCAAAUCGUGCACUGGAGUAUUGGUCAAAGAACAUUAGUGACUAUCCAAUGGGUCGUUCAUCCAGCUUCUUACUCAGCGAUAUGGGUCUGUACAAGAUAUCACAAGAAGGUGAAUGGACUUGCAAAGCAUUGAUGGCAAGUCAGACGGCAAUAGUCACUGGAGGCACAUUAAUGUUCUCUUUAGUUGGCAGUGAUACACAUGAGUCAUUCAUUGGAACAAUGAGUUAUCAGAGAGGAGCGAUCACCGAGGCAGAGGGCGAGCAUCUAGUUCAAGCAUUCAUCAAGAAUAUACACAAGUACUCAACAACACCAAGUAAUCUUAUCUCAAAACUUUAA